CAACAAGACACACUUGAUUAUCUUAAAUAGAUCUAGAUCUAGUAUAGAGAUCUAGACUAUCUAGGGCUAGCCCUAGAUCUAUAAUUGACUCUAUGCAUGUCUAAAUUGGUCUAGAUUAGACCAAGAUUUAUUUGUCUCAUAUGAUGUCAUAUCUAGAUCUAGAUUUAGAUCUAGUCAAUCUAGAAUCUAGAUUAUUAGAACUUAGAACUGUUACUAAGACAGUCUUGAGUCUAAGAUUUACUAAGCCAACACAGAUAAUUCAGAUUAGCCUUGGCUUGAUUAGGCUUGUAUUUGUAACUUCAACUUGUUAGGGCGCAGGCAGGCCUUACUUACUAAGACUAAACUAGUAGUGACUAAAGUGACAGUCUUUGACUGCUUGGGCUUGAGUCUACUUACAUUAACUUAGAUCUACAUAGAUCUAGAUCUAAUGUAGUUAAUAGUAUAAUAGAAAAAAUAGUAUAAUUAGACUAUUAGAUCUAGACUCAACUAAGUAGUAGUCUAGCGAAACUAAAUUCUAGAUUAGAAGUAUUAUGAAUAAUUAUGUAACUAAAUUCUAGAUUAGAAGUAUUAAUAGAUUCUAUGUAAUUGUAAGUCAGUAAGUCUAGAAUGAACUAGAAUCAUGAAAAUUAGUCACAAUUAUAUCUAGUCUAGUGUAUAUAUGAUCAAUAUGAUGUAAUAUAUCUAGAUCUAGUUAGUAGUAAACAAAUGUUACAAACAGAACUUGUCUUUUCAUGACUGCGUGGGCGUGAGAUUUAAUUUUAAAAUUUAAAGGACUUAAUAAAGGAGAGACUUCUUAUUCAACCAAGUUAUUGUCUAGCAAGAGUGACUAUACAUUACAAAUAUAAUGUUUAGGUUUUUUCGUAAAGAAAAUCUAAAAUCAACUCGGCGUCGCAGUGCAUCCUGCCCAAAUUUACAGCAAACAUUUUCACAGAAUAUAAACUUUGACGGAGAAUACCUUAAAGAAAAGCCUGUAGAUGAUUCACUAUCUUCCAAUUCAGAUACUGAGGAUUCUGUUGGCAAGUGGAACAAGUUCAAAGCUGGUAGUCAAGUAGGGAGAACAUUCAACAAAGAAAACAAUGAACCAUCAACAUGUAAUAUGCUUUGUAUGGAUGACUACCUCAGCAAACUUCCAGAACUCAAGCUGUGGCUCAAGGAGGAGCAAGGUAAGAAAGAUGUGGACAGAAUCAAAUCUCCAAAACUUAAAUCACACUUCAAAGUUUUCAUGAAGCUAUGGAACAAGCAAAAGCUGCCAGCCAAAUAUUACACAGACGAGAUCUAUAAUGGUAUGCUCAGCUCUCAUGUGUUGCUUGAGUCCUCGCUGGAUGACACAGACACCUUUGCCCCAUCCUUGCCCCCACUUCCUCCUCUUCUUGACAUCAGCAUCAAUGACGCUCUCGAUGAGCCAGGAGGUGUGCAUGAUUCUCCAUUUUCAACUUUUGGAAAAACUCCAGAACAGGUGGAGAACAGCCCAGCAUUUCUGGCUCAACAGGUACAUGUCAGUAAAGUGACAUUGGUCAGAGACAGGUCUGUAAGGACAUUACCAGCAAGGCAAACAUCUUCAGCACAGUCACAAGCACCAUCUAAGUUUGCAACUAUUCUACGUUCAACUCCAGUUGCCAGUCUUUUCAAAAGUACAUCAUCACAACCCAGGAACAUCAGAGACAUCUCAAGAGCAGCUCUCUCAAGUCCAAAGUGUCCAUGGCAGCUUCCUAAUUCAAACUCAGAGAAAACUUUGCCACAAACUGUCUUCAAUGAUCAACAUACAGAGAGUCCUGAUUUCCAAAAGUGGGUAACAGGCUGGAACAAGUUCACUAAUCAGAGCCCAAUAUAUGACACAGUUGCAGAUAAUCUCCAGGCUAACUUUUCUGAGAUGGAACCUUUUAGCCAGCUUUAUUCAGAUUACUCGUCACUGUCGCCACAGAAAGGUGAAAGGUCACCCCAGAAAUGGGUUGCCAAGCAACCCUCCUUGAAUCGUCGGAGAUCAAAGAGCAUGGAAGAUAUUUAUUCUAUCUCUUCAAAGUUUAAUAGCAUUGGUGGAAAUAGAAGGCCAGUUAACAGACUUAAUGAGAUUGAGACAGUAGCAUCUCAACCACCGCCCAUCCCAGAUAGAAAUUACAGCCCUGUUAAAUUGCUCUCUUCCUCUCUUAGCUUUACGUCUCAAAGAACAGCAUCUUUUAAAUCUCCAUCAUCAGAUACAGUUGCAAUAUCAACUCCUGGCACAGUCAAAGCAGAUUUGUUUCAUCGUCUAGUUGGAAUUCAGGAAAUAAGCCCCAAGAAAAGGCAAUCAGAGGAGGGUGUAGAACAUUCAGUAGACUCAACAAGUCCUGUAAAAAAGUCAAAACCUGAGUCUCAACUGGAUAACAAGGAUAAUUCUUCAGAUCUUUCUUUUGCUAGCACAGUUAUUAAUGGAUCAUUUGAAUCAACUCCAACCUUGUCCAUCCUGACUGGAAGUUUAAACCCUACCACUAGAAGUAAAUAUAAACUUACAGAGCCUUCCAAGUUUGAAAGCUCUGAUGCAAAGGUUCAUAGACCUGAGACUUUGUUGAAUCCCCUGCCAUUGCAGCUGUUGGAGGAGUCCCCCAAGUUACCAAGGAGGAAAUUGAAGCGAAGGUCUUCUAGCUUGAGCACUACUCCAGGUAAAGGACUGACUUUUGGAAAAUCUUCAAAGUUAUCUGUAGCAUCACCAAAAAGGAAGGUUUCAUUUGCUAAAGAUGUCAAGGACACUGAGACAAAUGAUCCCUUGAGGCGAAGGCCUGGAACCCAUCAUAUUGAUCCAACAUCUCAAGCUUAUUUUACUAAGCAAUCAAAAGAAAAAUUGGAGUUUGAGUCAUUUAUAUCAUCACAUAGUUCCUCCAAAAGAAAUGGUUCCCCCAAUAAAAUCACUUCCCCCAUCAAUAUCACUUCUCUCAUUAAAAAGACUUCGCCAAACAAAAUCGUUUCUCCCAGCAAAGUUCAGAGCACCUCCCAAAAUCUUUCAAACCAACUUCCAUCACCCAUGCAGCUCGUAGCUGGCCUUGGGAAUUUAAGUGACAUUGAAACAAAUCCUGGCACUGCCAAACUCCAAAACCACACUUCCACAAACAGUUUAGUGGCAGAGGAUGAUCGGCUGUUUCCAUCCUCCCCCACCCGACAGCUUGGGAGGCGUGUUCUUGGUAAGCCAACUUCUUCUCUCCAUAAAUUUAAAACCUCAUCUCAAGCAGACAAAGCCAGUGAACAGAAAAAGUCACCUGAGAAAAGCAUUCCUGCAAAGAAAAUGUCUCCCCCCAAAAGAGUCGAUUCUCAGUUGUCUUUAAUGCUACCCAGAAAGACAAUCAAUUCUUUUGUGACUAAACUUGGUGAGAAGACAGCCACCAUUUGUGCUACUGAGAUGAGUGAGAGUGAAGGCUACUCCAGCAAUGAGGAUUUACUAAGCUCUGCAGUAUCUGAUACAUUACAUGUUCAAGACAGCCAGUUAGUGUCAAAGUCUGUUAUACAUCCCCUUUUGUCUGAAGUCAGUAAUGCAAGUAAUAAAUCCUACUCAACAGAACAGAAACCAAGGAUUGACUUUACAUUUCAGAAAUCCUCCACCCACAGGACUCAGCCAGUCAAGAGAAUAGCUUCUUUUCAAACUGAUGUAGAUGAAUCUAUGGAACAAUCAAACUUGACUUCCAGUUUGUCUGAUAAUGUCAACAGCACUUCAACAAGUCACGCAAUACUAAGAACACCAUCAUCUGUUAGCCCUGAACCAGUGACCAACAUUCCAAAUACUCCACAUGUAAUGCGUAGCUCAGCCCAUCUUAUGUGUAACUCACCACAACCAACAGACCAUGACCACCUUGUAGAAAACAAAACUGUUGCUGUUAGUUUUCAUUGUACCAGACCAACUGAUGUCACUACAUUUGAGGUAUUCAAGACACAGAACAAUUCUGAUGUAGCAACACAUGAAUCAGAUAUAAAUCAUUCAGGGGAGGCUAUUUCCUACCUGACAAAUACAAACAAUUCACAAACGGAUGCCAAGUUUGAAGCCUACCAGUCUCUACAGUCUUGUGCUGCACAACAAAUGGAAAAUGACUGCAGUCAAAUAUAUGCUGAUUCUGAAUCAAAAGAUCCAUUUCAGUGUCAACUAGAAAAAGUCACAAGUGGCUUAGCGAGAUACCACAGCAUUAGAGCAAGCCCCAAAAUUAUUGACGAUGAUGGCUGGGUCACGGAGAGAAGGAGAAGUAGAAGCAAACAAAAGUCAUCUGUCAGCUCUCCGAACUCUAAGCCCCAAAAGUCACCCCAAGAAGAGACACCCAAUAGGAAUGACAUGACCUUGACACAAACUGCUUGUGUUUCUCUGCACAAUGACUACACAGAAGAAAGUUUGUCAGCUCAGAUGAUACAAAAAAAGAUGGAUUCUUAUCCUGUGAAUGAAAUAAUACAAAUUGAUAGUGUGAGCUGCUUACAUCUCACUGGCUCAAGGUCUCCAUUGAAAACACCACAAAAGGUCAAACCCCCAGUAAUGCCGAAACCCACAGUAAUGCCUAAACUAACAUCUUUGUCCUCUAUAGGUGUUAGACCAUCAACUGCCAUGACAAAACGUAGAAGCUCUCUAAACAAAAAUGGAUUAGUUUCAAUGAAACCUACUAACAUCAGCGCUAUGAAAUCUAAUCAAAUGAAAGAAGACUAUGUUCAAAGAAAUAUUAAUGCUGUAGCUGUUAGCAGGUUAACAAAUAAUUUACCUGAAAAGUUAUCCAACAUCUUGCACACUCCUGUCAAAAAACAGGUAAACUUAAGUGAAAACACAAGACGUAGAAGCAAAACUGUUCAGCAAGAUUCAUCAUUAACUUGUUCAGAAUCUAACAGGCGCAGAAGCAAAACUGUUCAGCAAGAUUUAUCUGUUACUCCUUCAACAGCAAGUCGACAAAGGAGUAAGGUCGGGGUUCAAAGUGUGCUGACAAGUUCAUCUACUGGUAGAUGCAGCAGCAAAACUGGCAGUCAGAAGGUUAUCACUGGCUUAGCUAUAAACAGACGUAGAAGCAAAACUGACAUUGAGGAAGUCAAUGGUUCCAGCCAUACAGAAAGGAUGCCUCAAGACACAGUGAGGCGCAGGAGCAGAACAUCAAAUGUUUUCCCCAGCUUUACUGAACGAAAGAAUUUCUUUCAGAAGUUUCAAAGUCCUGUCAGGCAUGGAACUCAGCAAUGCUCCACAGGGACAUCCAGCACCACAAGUGGGGCAGGUAAGACAACUUCACCUGUAAAAAGGGGUGCUCCACUGACACCAAAGAUGACUCCUGUCAUCAGCAGGCUGCAAGUAGUCCUAAAGUCAUCACCUGCCUUGAAAUCAAAGAUGCCAGAGCCUCAACAAGAAGUAAGACACAUACCUGUCUCUAAACUUGAGACUGAAAUUUAGAACAUGAUCAAGGGUUUUAUUCUAUAAUAUGAACUUGAAACUGUACAGGGUAGCUGUUAAUUUUAAAUAUUACUGUCUUUUUUUUUAAAUGAACAUUAUUUUUACUUUUUAAAUCAAACUUGAUGAAUGAUGUAGAUUUACGUCAAGUCUUUUUUUUAAACCUCAAUAAGCCCAAAACCAAAUAAUAUUUGCUUUGUUUACUAUUUUUCACUUUAUUUUUCAAGUGAUUAUGAUGUAGACAAAAUGAAGUUGAACUAAAAUGUAGAAGAGCUCUUAGCAUACUACUUAGUACAAAGCUUCUAUUAACUCACUCUGUCUGUCUGGUAUAAAGUUAUUUCUCCCAUACCCAAUCUUGGAUCAAGUUGAAAUUUUGCACAAUUAUUUCUUGUAUCUGACAAAACAAGAAUUAAUUUUAAAAAUUAACCAAUUAGUUAAUUAUUGGUAAUUAAUUAUUUUGUUUGGUAUUGAUAUAACAAUAUUUCAUAGAGAUUUAUUAUUGUUAGUCUAGAUCUAUUACAAAUUGACUCAUCCAAACUAAUUGAUACAAUUACACUUAAUAUAAGCUUUUUUUAAAAAAUAUGUUAUAUUUUCUUUGUUAUUUAGCUAAUUAUUUUAUGGAUGACUCUCUAUGGAAACAUUCUAAUGCUACUGCUACAUAUGUAAAGCCAAAAACUUUUUGUCAUAUUUCAAUUUAUUUGUAUUCACAAACCUUACACUCUGAAAAACAGAUUCCAUAACACCACAAGUCACACAAGUCUUGAUAAAUUAUUUUAUUAACUUCAAUUUCAGUUUCUAGUUGGUCAUCACAUUUGAAUUUAAUAGUUUAAAUGGAACAAUCAGAUGUAUAACAAGAUUGUUGACAUACAUUUAGUUUUCUUAGGUCAAUGUUACCCAUUGUUUGUUUUUUUUCUUUAUGUAAUAUAUAUCUAUAUAUAUUUGUUAAUAUAGACUCUCUGUUAUUUGAUAUUUGACUCAAUGGUUUAAUCAAGGCAUAGUUCCUGGCUAGUCCAGUAGCCCUAGAAACUGUUUAUUUACUGAGUAUGUAAGAAAGUUAACAUUUUGAAAAAAACAUGUAAGUUCUAAGUUUCAACAGCUUCAAACCCUAUAAUUCAGUCUAUUGCUCAACAGUUUGGUAGACGUCCUAGUUAUUAAUGAUAUAGUAGCCAUUGUGCACUAAAUGCACUUGUAGACUAUAUGCUAAUUAAGUGAAUGACACACUUCCAGUGUUUAUCAGGACUUUUUUUGUUAUCAAGCCUAUCACUAGUACACUGAUUCAGUUGUAAGGUCUUUUAAAAUAUAUUAACACUAUUGGGAACACAUAUUUGUAUAAUCUUAAAACUAUGUAAACCACUGCUUACAUGUGUCUCAUUCUUUACAAGCACCAAAUGUAUUUUUUGUUGCACUUUGUUUUAUAUUUGGACAUGACUUUAAGACAAUGUUGCAUACUUAACCUUGACAUCUUUAAACUCCAAUCCUGAUUGAACUAUUUUGUUUCAUUUAGAGUUUUGAUCUCUGUAAGAAGUUUAAUUUAGCAACAUGACACCAAACAGGACAAGAGAAAAAACAAAAUCAUUUCAUAAAGUAAGAGAUGCCAUUUCUUGUAAAACAUUGACUAUAACUCUACAGGGGAAUUUGCUUUUCUAUUACUUAUGAAUUUUUCAGCCCAUUAUUUAAGUCUCACUAAGUGGCUUAUUAAAUUUAAAAAAAACAGAUUGGAAGUAGAAGAUUCCAUGAAGUUCUUUCUCACUGGCUGGUUGUCAAGGUUCAUUGUACUCUCUGUGUCAUCAAGUGAACAUGUUUGGAGAUAGAGCAGGAUUAAUGAAAUGGAUAUAAAAGAUUAAUUUUCCACAAGUAAUAAGUAGACAAGACAAGCUCAAGAUUACAAUUAGCCAUUCCAUUGUCACUUAUACAUUUUACCCUAACUUAUGUGAUUUGUUUAGUAUUUCAUUAAUAUUUGCUCAAUACAAUAAUUAGUCAUUCCAAAUCCAUCUCAAAGGUCACUAGUUCUUUAAGCUGUUGUUGUUUUUUUGACUAUGUUGACUGUAAUGACAAUAAUUUCAUAAUUUUGUUUUUUGCUUUUUCAUAGUCUUGAUUUUACUUGAUUCUAAGAAGAAGAUAUAGAUGCUACUUUAUAUUUUAUUUCAUUUGCAUUUGUUAAUGCAUUGUGAGAAGAGUGCAUUGAUAUAAAAAAAAACAACUACAAAGAAACAGUGACACUGUCAGCUAAAUGUUGGUGUUUGUAGUAAUGCUACAGACAUGGCUAGCUUUAGUUAUUAUUUUUAUACAUUUUAUGAUGUGUUAGUUUUAGAGUGAAAAGGAUCAUUUUUUGAAAGUAUCAGACUGAUAUUCACUAGAACACACCAAGUCAAACUAGAGAACUAAGUUGUAGUAUUCUGUGCAGUCUUGGCCUUGCCUGUCAAGUUAUUACAUCGUUAGACUACUCUGUUAUCUAGAGCUCCCUUGUUAACUUGAACUGAUUAUUGACCCAGUCCAGUGGUCAUCUCAAGUGCCAGCUGGCUCUGGCCUUUAUCUCCUGUCUGUGUCUGACCUGAGGUCAAGGAGACCACUAGUUAUAUAUUGUAGCCUCUAUUAGAAAUGAUCUAAAAGUGUUUUUUUUUCUCUUUUUUUUUCUCCUGUGGUUAUAUGAGCUGGACAGUGUGAGAUAGUGCUAUCUUUAAAUAGUCUCCACAAGAAAGUGAUUUUAUUUAUUUAUUGUGAAAUGUUUUGUUACAUGUAGAGUUAGAAUUCUCUUAUUUCUUGUUUGCUUUUUUUCACUUCAUUUGUAAUCUUUUUUAUGAUAUUAAUCUAUCAGCUUCCAAAUAGUUGACUGUAAUAUGCUGGUCUUUUUUUUUCUUUCUCCUAAUAAACACUAGAUUGGUAUCCAAACAAAAUGUAUUGUCAGUAUUUUGACUUGAACAGAUUUGUCUCUGUACAUAUUCAGACAUCAUCUAUCCAUAGCAAUUGCUCAUGAAAAGGGAAUUCAAACAUUGUUUAAUGUUUGGUCACAAAGUCCUUCAUUAA